CCUGAAAACCUAAACCUACAAAACAGUUGUGUUGAUAUUUCAUACAUAUUAGUCCAUUUUGGAGGUCAUCAUUAAUAACUUUGUGCUUUUUUACCAUCUUAAAUCCGUUUUACAAAUUUUGUUGGAAGUUGGAAUUUUGAGAGCUUAAAAAUGGAGUGGCUAUUCGGUAAACGCCUUACCCCUGACGAAAUGCUACGUCGAAAUCAAAGAUCCUUAAACAAAGCCAUUCGUGAUUUAGACCGGGAAAGAAUGAAAAUGGAACAGCAGGAAAAAAAAAUUAUAGCUGAUAUAAAAAAGAUGGCUAAAGAUAAUCAAAUGGAUGCUGUGAAAAUCAUGGCGCUAGAUUUAGUGAGGACAAGACGUUAUGUAAAAAAAUUCAUCUUGAUGAGAGCAAAUAUUCAAGCAGUUUCGUUAAAGAUUCAAACAUUGAAAUCACAAAAUGCCAUGGCUGAAGCCAUGAAAGGAGUUACUAAAGCAAUGCAAAACAUGAACAAACAACUCAAAUUACCUCAGAUUCAAAAGAUAAUGCAAGAGUUUGAGAAACAGUCUGAGAUUAUGGAUAUGAAAGAAGAAAUGAUGAGUGACGCUAUUGAUGAUGCAAUGGGCGACGAGGCCGAUGAGGAAGAAAGUGACGCUGUCGUAUCGCAAGUAUUGGAUGAGCUUGGACUUCAGUUAACAGAUCAAUUAACUGGCUUACCAAUUGCUUCCGGUUCAUUGGCUUCAACUACCGGCCUUGCCACCAAAGGGGGUCCACAAGCUGCAGCUGCUACGGCUGGAGGUACGAUCGACGCUGAUGCGGAUUUACAGGCAAGGUUGAACAACCUACGUCGCGAGUGAACAAAACCCCAUUCUGUACAUAGUAUACAGAUCACCAAAAAUACAUUUUAUCCGAUCUA